AUGACGGGCCAGCUGCUGAUGAAGCAGCAACAGUAUGAAGCAGCUAAGCUGAAGAUGGAGCAGCUCACGCGACAGGAAGAGUCCUACAUGCGUCGCGCUGACCUGAUGGCCAGACGAGAAUCCAGGAUGGAGGCCCUCGCAAGGGUGCACGGUGGAGUUCUGGAGAAGGCUUUUCGGGCCAAGGCCAAGACCCAGCAGGCUCAAAAUAAGAUGAUCGAGGGGGAGGAUGAGGUCAAGAAGCUGAAUCAGGAAAUCAAAGCACAGAAGCAGGUGCUGAAGACCACUGAGGAUCAGCUGAUCGCCAUUCGGCGCAGGGAAGAAGAGUUCAACAACGGGGCACGCCUCGCCGUGAUGAAGAGCAACAAGCUCGAGUGUCGAGUUGGCGUGCCUCGCUUGCAUCGGGUCGUUUUUCUUGUGCUGGACGAUCUGGGCACUACGACCUUGAACCUAGCUGUCAAGCAGUACCCGAGGACUGAAGCCGCACAGGUGCAGGAGGAGAAGUGGGACUCUGCCCGACGCAUGCGGGAAGAUCAGGAGGCUAAGAACCUGGCAGAAUCUCGGCUGGUGGAGUCGAAACAAGGUCAGCUUGGUCUGCUCCGACAGAUCAACCAAGAGGACAUGUCGCUCGCGGAGAAAGAGCUGGAGAAAACGAAGCGACUCUUGAAAGACGCCAGACGCAAAAACAAGGAGGAAGCGAAGGUGGAGAAUGAGGCUCUCAGACAGGAACAGGAAUCUAUCAAGGCAACCCACGAGGCUGCCGAGGCGAAACUCCACAAGGUCCAAAGCGAAAGGGAGCGGGCAAAGGAGGAGCAGCGCACGGCCAUGCAAAACGUUCAAGCCCAUGUCCAACAUCAUGUGGUUGCCGAUGAGAGAGAGAGGGUGAAAGACGCUGAGAAGGCAUUGAAGCCUUAUCAGCUGAAGCUGGAUGAGGUAAAGGAGAGAUUGCACCAACAGCAGAUUCAAAACCAGGUGCAAGAGCAAGACAUCUCCAGAGACAUGGCUGCUUUGCAAGCUGAAUCCCGGCAGAAUGCAUCCAACCUACAGCAACCUGGCAGCUUGAAGUGCAGGAAGGAGCUAGACCACAUGAAAGUGGAUGUUGCCGAGCGACUCAAAGAAGAUGAGACAAAGCAGGCCAACAUGCAGGGGCCCGAGACGCGCAAGGCCAAGGAGAUUGACGCAGAGCUCAGAAGGGAGCAAGCAAAAGUGGAAGAGGCAAGGCAGAAGAUCGCUGCCAGGGAGCAGCUGGAUUAUGACAACAAGAUGUACGAAAUGAAUGUCCAGAAGGAGGAGAAGGCGCAGCAGGAAGUAAGUCGGCUUCAACAGGAGUUCCAUAAGGUGCACAACGACAAGAACGAGAAGAUUACUGUGAUGCUGAACUGCACCGACAAAGGUGACGGCUUCCUGAGAUCUGUCACAGCACGACAUGAGAGCGAUGUCGCGAAGCUUCGGGAGAAGCUACUUGCGUUGAAGGCUCGAGCAAAGAACACGAUGACCUACGAGGAGGUGCUGGAGGCCCUGCAAGGUCUUCGCAAUGAGUUUGCGCGUCAUCCAGGGGGAGUUCUGGCCAACUUGGUCCAGAAAAAGACUGCGCAAGCAGAAGCCGGAGAAGCUCAGCCGCUUCAAGAAGCUGAGGGCGAAGCCAAAGAUGCUUCAGUUGCUCACACGAAGAAGCGGACGCCGGCAAGAAAGGCCGCUGGCCGCGUCAAGGCCCUGGAGAUGAAGCGGCUGGGCAAAGGCCUCUUCGCCCAAAAGAAGGCCUCACCGCAGCUUCAGAAACUGAUCGGCCGAUCUGAUGUCAGCUACACGGAUGCCUCCAAGCUGGUGUGGCGGUACAUCAAGCAGAGGGGCUUGAGCAAAGGGAGGAUCAUCACACCAGAUCACCAGCUCAAGAAGGUGUGUCCUGAGGAGCAGUUUGACAUGUGCCAGUUGGCGCGGUUUCUGAAGCCGCAUCUCAAGUCUUAG